AUGGGAAAUACAUCUCCAACAAGUGGAGCAACUAGAGCAGAAGAGAUUCUAAAGAAGGCUGAACAGCACGGCGUGGUCCAUGCCUUUAAGAAAGAAACUAUCCAGGAACUGCUUAAAGGUGAUAAGGCAAGGGAAUUGUUAGAGUCAGCUUGCUCAAGAAGGAAUGAAAAUGAGGAAAUCAAUACUAUCUUUCCAGGAUUCUUGGGUAAAGAGAGCAACGAUGCCGACCUAAGGAAGGAAUGGGAAAGUAAUCUGGAGGCAGAACUAAAUGAAUUCUACACAGCUGGAGUCUCAACUUCAGAAAAUUUUAUCAAGGCCUUACAAGAUACAAGAUUCAGAAAACAUUUAAUUGGACUGAGAAUAGACAAUAAGAAGACAAAAGGAUAUCUGGAGGACUUAUAUUCUAAGUUUGCGAUGCUGUACUCUUACAUGCUUUAUUGAGGAAAUAAAGAUGAACAAGAUAGUUCACUGAAUUUUAGAAAAGAAUUAAUCAUGAAAAUAGAGAAUUCUGAAACGGAAGAUGAUGACUCAAUUACAAGUCUAUUUGGUGUGGAUCUUAUACUCUUGUCCUUUUUGAGAAGUGUGUCUAUGAACGAACAGGAGAAAGCGCUACAAAGGCUUUAUAACUCUCUAUAUCACAAAGAACCAAGAAAGUUUGAUCCAUCCUCUCCUGACUUCUAUGUGAGAGAGGAUAAACUAAAUCAGUAUAUGAACUGCUUUAUCCUAUUGCUUGACUCUGAGACUACAAGUGAGCAAGUUAAGGAGUUAGCUAUAAGAUUGAUUAUCUUAGUUGCGAACAUCAGAAGCUCUGGUGAAGAUUAUUUGGUAGCCUACAACUACAUUUCUUCAAGGAAAUGGAAAAUAAAUUUGCAUGCUGAGUUAUCUCUAAACCCUUACUUUAAACAAAUAAAGAUUGAGGAAGCUGAUGACCAGCCACAACCAGAACCAAUCAAGAUUAAGCCAGAUGGAAACUUUUCAGUUAUCUAUGAGGAUAGCAAAAGAAUCGAGAUAAGCAAUGACAUUGAACAUGAUGUUAAUUGGAGUACUCGGUGUUCCUUUGCCUUCGAAGAAGACUACUUUUAUAUGUUUAUCAGAAGAAAAGGACUCUUCAAAGUUGGGUUCAGAGAUUCUAGUCAUGUCAAGGCAGGAAAAAUCUAUAAGUAUAGAAAGCUUGAUAUUAAUGACAAGUGAUCCUUAGCCUUUGUGAAUGGAGUUUUGUACUUAAGACAGGCUAUAGAAGAAAACAGAGAUAAAACGAAGUAUAUUAAGCCAUUGGAAGUAAUAGAUCGAGACACUUUAGAUUUUAUUGAAAAUGAAGAGAUAAAAGAGAGAAUUAAAAAAACAAAGAGAAAAGUUGGAAUUGAUGAUGUGAAUAAACCUAUACUUGAACAAUCAGAUCCUACACUUCUUCAAAGAGAAAUUAGAAAUAAUGCUCACAAUAUUCUCAGACAUGUUCUUGAAAGUUGGAUUUUCACAGAUGGAGUUAAGCUAUACCUUCCUUCAUAUCACUUUAAUAUCAGCGAGGGAGAUGAAAAAUUGAAAUUUAUAGAAAUUGAAUCAUAUAAUGCAGACACAUGGGAGUUUAUCUCAUCUAUAAAGCUAGAUUUUAAGCCAGCCAAUGUUAACAGUAACGAUUAUGAGAGAGUUAAACAAGACACUGAAGAUCUUUGGAAUGCUUUUGAAAAUCAUCCAUCCAGUAAAUUCUCUUUUUCUACGAAUGGUCAAACCUUGAUGAUACCUUACGAUAAUAAGCUAUACCUCUUCGACAUGGCCACUGGUGUAAGACAUAAAGAGGUUUUUGAGAUUCCAAGUUUUAGUAAAGGUAUUGACUACGACUAUAAGAAUAAUGUGUUUUGGGCAUGGGAGAGGGAUGAAGAUGACCCAACUCUCAGAAGUUUUAAAAUAAAAGGCUUCCAAAAGAAUCCUUUCCUUGGAAAAGGAGCCAUAUGCGCUAACACAAAUAAUGUUGAUCCGAUUACUAAGAAUACAUUCAGACUUCAGAAAGUUGAGAGAAAGAUUGAACCAAGAUCUGCUGAGAAUUUCUUAAGAUAUCUUGAAUUGAGAUCACCUGCAGAAACAGCUGAUGCAAAUUAUCCAGAAAACGACUCUGAAGAAUACUCUUUAUACUUGCUCAUGUUUAUACUGAAAAAGGGUUGAGAAAAUGUAGAAGAAGCUAUCUCAGCAAUCAAAAGAUUAGACGAAGAAAGCUCUGAUAGUAUGUUUAAAUAUCAAGCAAGGCUAUACCGAGGAGAGUUUGGCCCCAAUAUUUCAACCACUUUUGUUCAAGAAGUUAUCAAAUGCUUUGAAAAGUACUCUGAUUUUGUAUAUCAAGAAAUGACUGAGGAAAACCUGCUACAACAAUACCAAUUCAUGUGGAUACUAGAGAUUGUGAAGAAAUUAUUCGAAGUCUUUGAUACCUUGAAAAUUCAAUUUGAAGAGAUUGACCAUGGCUCUGGUUUAGCAUCGAAAGUAGAAAAGCUGGUAGCAUUCAUUAUUGAAAGUGAAGAGAAAGUUUAUGAAAAUGAUAAAAUCCAGGCUAUAUGGAAAUCAAUCUUUGAGAAGUGAGUAGCCAUCCAGGGUUUCUUGUAUAAGAUUAACCCAAUGACAGAGGAUGAAGUGACAGAGAAGAUUAAUAACUUCAUCAAAUCUAUGGAGGAGAAAGCAAUCACUCUGAACACUACCAUUUUUGCCCAGUAUUUAUCAACCCCUGAAAAUAUGAAGAAGUUCCUUGAUGAUCCUGUGCUAUUUAAAGUAUUUGACUCCUGUUGUGAAUUUAUUACAACAGAUAAAGACCCUAAGAGUAAGAAUCUUGCAGCACAGAAUGCACUCUUAAGUUACUGUUCUAAGCUCAUAAGAACUUAUUCUACAAUGAGUAUUUCAGAAGCCUAUUCUCAGACUCAUAAGGAAGAACAGGAAGGGAAAGAUGGAAACAGGCACCAUAUCAAUAAUGUAGUCAAUAAGAUUUACGAGAGGCUAGUCAAUAGCUGAAUAAUUAUUGCUGAAAGAGCUACUAGGGUUUUGACCUCAAAUAUUCACAAAGAAGAGAAAUCAGAGAAUGAAGAGCAAAAAGAUGGGGAGCUCUCUGGAUAUAAAAUUGACGAUACACAGCAUUCUUCUCAUAUAGAGCUUUUUGAUGUUGUCAAUAGCCUGAUUUUCACAAAGUUCUCUGAAUGUAAUGACAGAAAAGCAACUAACCAUAGUUUAUUCUAUAACAAGACAAUUGAGUUAGCUGAAGCUCUAAAUAAUUUCGAAAAAGUUGAAUGUUCAGAAGAAUCAAAGUCAGAUUUUUAUACCACUUCAUCUUCUCUGUUCAAGCCUCUCAGUACUCUCGCAGUGAGAUUUUUAUCUCAUGCCUCUUACAACAUGGUUCGCCUUACGGAUGAAUCUCAGGAUAAUUAUGAGAAGGGAGAAACUCAGUAUUUGCUACAAGCAAAUAUAUUCUCAGGAGGAAUCCAAGAUAAGUUCUUAAAUCAUUUUAAUGAAGAGGAUGUUGACCAAAUUAAAGAUCUUGCAGUUAUUUCCGAUGAUCUCCAAAUGGUAAAAUAUAUCGAAAAUGCCAACAUUGAAGAAGAAGACAAGUUCAUGAAAGCUCUUAUUUAUGAAGGCACAGAUAACAGAGUUGAUGCCUUGAUCGAUCUGCUCCAGUGGGAUCUUCUCAAUAAAAACCCUGCUGCUAGUGCAGGAGGUAAGAAAGGAAUGACUGUAGUCAGAUGUGCCUUUGCUGCUAAUCUUGCCUUAAACAGACACGAUGAAACCUGUAAAUAUACUAAUUUAGUCUCUAUUGUUGAUCAAAUCGAAAUGUUCAUGGAAGACUGUGAAGAAGAUAUGCCUCAAAAUCAGAGAAACAAAGACUGCAUCGAAGAACUCCAAAGCUUAGGAGACACUAGUGGAAUUUUUGAUAGAUGGAAAAUAGCUAACAAAAUGAGAAUAUGGCUGCAAGAGAAACAGAAGGAUAUUUCAGAGCAACUUAAAAAGAAACUCGAAUCUAGGAAUUUGGAAAAUAAUGAAGAUACAAAAGAAGAAACAAAGACUGAGACCCAAGAAAUCGAAAAGUUGAAAGAUCUGUCAGAAGAAGACAUAUUGAAGAUGGAGCAAGAAGACGUUGAAAAUCUAAUUAAGAAAGUAUGCAUGAAAGCUGAGUUCUUGAUGAAAUUAGCAACUCCAAAAACUUGGAAACACUCAGACUUCUCAGAGAAGAGCUUAAGGCAAGCAGAAAUGGCCAACGAUAAAACUAAAGAGGAAGUUGAAAGCACAAAGCACAAACUUAGAAGGAUCAAAACAAUUCAAGCUUCUAAAGGAACUGUGACUAACUAUGAGAAUAUCUCCAAUAAAGAAAUAUUUUCAACCUGCUCUUCUUCUGUACUUGCAGUCCUCCAAUGCUCUGAUUCAGCGGAAGAUAUCUUAAAAGUUAUUGGCAAAAAAUAUGUAAAUGCAAUGAACAGAUAUUGAGGAUUUAGGAUCAUGGCUAAAAUAUUAAGCUUGAAACUUCCUCAAGAGGAUGAAGAAUACUUACUCAGUGGUUUUUGAAACUCACUCAGAAAAGAUCAACAGAUUUUAGCUCAUUACUCAGAUGGGCUGACUGGUAUAGGAGAUACCUUACUUAAGAAACUAAGAGAAGGCUUUUAUUCUGUUUGCACAGAGAUAGUUAAGAAAUUAAAGGAUACUAAGAAUCAGGAUCAAUUAAAAGUCCUAUUAGGUUGUUUGCAAUGGAAAAUCGGUGCUUCAGAUCAUAAGUACAUCCUCGAUAGUGGAAUUAUUCAACUCUUAAAGGAUGGAAAUGGUCUUGAAGAUAAAGAGAAGAACCUUAUUAAAUAUAGCUGGAAUGAAGAAAUAACUUUCUCAAAAGAUCUCAAUAGCAAAACUUUAUCGCAUUUGAUUAUUGACUCACUGGAGUUCAUAAUUACUUCAUGCUUUUCUAGAAUUUUAGAGCAAGGUAAAAACAAGGAUGUUGAAGUUUCAAUAAGUGAAUCAUCAGUUAGCACAUUGAAGCAGGCUCAAUCAGUAGUAACUACUGAUGUAACUCAGAUCCUUAUUCAAUCAUGUUUGGAAGUUGUUCUAGAGCAACUAGUCAAAUCAACAAAAUCUUUAGAAGAAUUAAAGAAUGAAGAAGUUGAAGAGCAUAAUGAGGGACUUAUAGAAGAAUCAAAAGAAGAACAAAAAGAGCAAAUUGGACUAGUUACAUCAGCGGAGAAAGAUAGUCAAGCUGAUAAAGAUCUACCAGCUCCUAUUAAUGAGAAGUCUACUGAACAAGAUUCUUGUCCUUCAAAUCCUGAAGUUGCAAUUAAACUGUUGCGUUUACUUAAUAUGUUCACAAGCAUUUCUUUGAAAAAUGAUAGAAUCAAGGACUAUGUUAAGAGGUAUACUACGCCUGAGCAGAUCAGUAAGCUGAUCACAAUAUUGCUUAAAUGCUCUAUCAGAGAAGGAACCAUUGUGUUAGCAAUAUUAUCAAACUUGGUUGAAGUUGGAAUUUCUAUAAAAGUAUUUGAUAAAGCCUUGAAGAGUAUUUCAACUCUAAAUAUAGUCCAAACAAUUACUAAACUGACUACUAAAUCUGAGUUCCCUUCAGAAUUCCUUCAGCUCAUGUUCAAUCUGCUGCUACAGAUUAGGUCUGACCAAUGGAGAGAGGAAAAAUCCCAAUUCAAAGGAAAAUAUUCUCUGAGCUGUGGAAUCGUCAGAUUUUUCAAAAGAAUUCUAAGGUCUGACCAACAACUCAGCUGUAGAGAUGAAAUAGAACAAGUUCUUGACCAUUUCUUAAUCAAAGCUGAGGAGUACUCUCUCGAAGAAUUUGACGCAACGACUAGCUUGUUUGAAGGAGGAGAAUACCUUGGAAUGACCAUUGGUUCUCACGGAGUUACUGAAGAUGACCAGAAAUUUACUAUUGUAGGCUUUAUAGACAAGUGGGGAAACUCUAAGGAUUCUCGCAGAGACAGAAGAGCACAAAACGAUUUCAAUCAUCAGGCAUUAUCUACUGAAUAUAUUCUUGAUAAUCAGAAAAUCUUAGCAAUUCCUCAUGAUGAAGACAGUAGUCACAAGAAUGUAUUUUUAUGCAAUCCUGAUGAAGUUACACUUAUUCCUAAUAUUGGUACAAAUUAUAAUGAUUUCCUACUAGAUUCUAAAAGGUUGACCCAGUUCAUUAAAGUUCUGAACAUUCAAUCUGAGAGCACAAAUUCUGACUCAGAAUUGCUUACCAAAAAGUGUAUUGGAAUGAAAAUACUAUUGCAAAAUAUACAAGUUCAUGGAAAUGUCUUGCUAAAUUUACUUGAUAAAGAGCAGCUUAAUAAUCUCCUGGAAAUGAUGCUCAAGGACUCUACUAAAUCUGAGCUUAAAGAGCAAGAAAUCAAAUACGAAUUUUAUGAACAAAAGUUGUAUUACAUCAAGAGUUUCUGAACUUUAAACCAAAGUCUUUUAACAAGUGAGGUAAAUACAGAAGAUGAAAACCAAGACGCUCAAAAACAGAAAAUGAAGAAAAGAAAAGUUUCUAGUGGGAGUGAAGAAGAUAGUGAAGAAGAUAGCGACAGUGACGAUUCUAAGCAUCCUGAAGAAGCUAAAGAUGAUCAAAAUAAUCAAUUCAUUGAAAAUGUAAAUAAAACCUUAGAGGACAUACAAGAUGAUCAAAGAGUAGAAUCUAAUUUGUCCCAGUUGGAAAGGCUAGGCAAAAAGAGAAAGCAAGACCCUCCUCUUAAAAACGAAUAUAAAGCUGAACUGUAUAGAUUAGCUUAUACUAUUGACGCGACCAAUAUAGCUGAACAAUAUAAGUCUAAUCUUCUAAACAUGGUUACAAUGAUUUGCUACAAGACUACUUCUGAAAUACUUCAAAAAGUUUCGAUGGAAGAUUACUUGACUGAAGUCACUAAUGACGAGGAAAAGAUUGAAACUUUUGCUCAAUAUCUUCUUACUCUUAUUGAAGAGACUAUUGUUCUUGAAAAUUCAUCAAGUGCCAAAGCUGAAUGUGCUCAAUUCUUUGUUAUAUUGGAUAAAAUUCUCAAACUAGGAGUAACUUCUGAAAAGGUUGAGUCUUUACUCUUUAAAGUAUUGGAUAAGGUUAUUAUUAUCAAAUCAUGAGAAACAUUAAAUAAGUGUAAUUCAAAAAGAACAAAUUCUCUAAGAGAAGCUAUAAAAGAUAAUUAUCAAAAGAUUGGAAUCAGGAAUAUUAGUUUACUCCCUGAAGUGGUGGCUCAUUUACUUAACGUAUCACCUUCAAUUCUUCUAAAAUGCAAGGAGGGAAAGAAUUUGUUCAAUAAAUUAUUAAAUCUACUUCUGCUCACUCCAUUAAUUUUAAGAGAAGAAGUUGAUUUUGGCCAGAAGGCUUAUAUGGCUAUUUACAAUAUUAUUUUACCAUUUUUGACUAAGCCUGACCAGUUCAGCAACAUGAAUAUAAUCGAGGCUUUGCUAAACCAUAAAUUAUUGAAGAAAAUCUUAAAGCACCUUCCCAAAAAAGUAGAUUUCUCAGAUGCUAUGUUUACAGACGAACAGAAGAUCUUAUUCGAAAUUUUCUGCUGUCUCAGAGUACUAGAGCAGAAAUAUCCAAAUGUUAAAUGUUCCUAUACAUAUCCUGAAUAUCUUCUCGAAAUUGAAAAGUAUGUACAGAUCCUGAAGGAGACUAAUGAUUUUAACCUGCUAUCUUACUUGUUGUACUUUGAAAAGAAUGGCUUAGCUAAAAGAGAGGAUAAUAAAAUUAUUUUGACCAACUCUGAAGAAGAUUUUGAUUAUGAAGAGUGUUCAAAAUAUGCUAUUAACCAGUGCAAGAAGAUUUCAAUUGCUUUGGAUAAAGAUAGUGAAUUUGCAAAAGGAGCUUCAAUUCUAUUCUCUAAAGACCCUGAAGGAAAGCUACCUCACAUAUUGAUCCAUGAACCUGAAGAUGCAUUAGGAAAGAAGUUUGACAUUACACUAUCUCCAACCUAUAAUCUCUUUAAUGAAGCGCAAGAUCUUAGACAAAAUACUCCAAUAUACUUCCACUGCCAAAAUGCCAAGAAGAGUUCUAAAUCAAUUUCAAACAGCCAAAAGAAUACUGUUAAGUAUUUAGAUUACUCUGAAGACUGCGAAAUUCCAAAAGUAUCAACUCUCCCAGAGUUCAAGAAAGGAGUAAAACUUAUUGCUCAAGUAAAAGGAUAUGCCUUGCUGUUAACAGAGAAGCAUCAACUUUAUAGAAAAGGAAAGAACUUCACUUGGCCUGAAGAAUAUGAAGACUUUACACUAUACCCUAAUGAAAUUGGAUCCGAAAUAAUUGUUGAUGUUAAAGUUUCUUAUUUCAGCCAUGUAGUUCUCACAAGGAGUGGCAAGUUCUAUUUCCAAGGUGUAAAUAAUAAUAAUCAGUUUAAUGAAGAUGAAGAAAGUGUCUUAGAAACUUUCAAACAUAAGCCUAGACCUCAUGAAGAUGAGGAGCAAGUAGCCCAUUUUGAUAUUGGACCUGACUACAUUAUUUAUACAACCACUAAUGGCAAAUGAUAUGCUUCUGGAAAAAGUUUCUUAAGCGAAUUGGGAGAAUCAGGAGAAUAUGGGGAAUUCAAAGAAAUCAAGAUUGGAAAUGGCCUUGAACCAAUAAAGCCUUUUGCUGCUAGAACUUGAGACAAUAAAUGAUUCUGUAUAAUGCUUGUAAAAAGGAUGGGAAGGAAUGAAUUAUGGUCUUAUGGAAUGAGCUCUACUUAUUUACUUGGUCAAGGAAAUGUCCAUAGUUCAAAUACUUUCUCUCCUUUGGAUUAUGAUAAGUCAUCAAUCAACUUUAUUGAUGUCAGCGUUUAUUCUGACUGAGCAAUGGCAGUGACUGACGAUGGAAGGCUUUUUGGAUGGGGUUCAAAUAAAUCUUUCCAACUUGGAAUAACAAAUCAUACAGAAAUUUCUAAGCCAGUUGAAAUUCCAUUCUUCAAAAACUAUUAUACUAAAGCUGCAAAGUGAGGUAAAAAUAUGGCGAUUAUACAUUGUAUUGCAAAAGAAGAACACAAGCAUGAUCUAGACUCUACAGAAGGAGAUCCUCCAAAAUUAAAACCAGGAGUGCCAGCAUUCUUCGUCACAGGUGAGAUUGCGAACAAUAAGGGAAUUGUUCAUUGCGAAUUUCUUGAUGGAGCUUACUGUAAAUUCAUGGAAGCUGCAGAAAACCAAAUUUAUUUCUGCAUUGAUGAGGAUGCCCAGAAGGAAGUAACACAUCAUGGGUAUGGCUCACACUCUGACCUCAAACUAGACACGAUCACUGGCACAAUGCAUUUCUGGAGAAAGGAUAACGAAUGGGUUUAUGCUUCGAAACAAGGAUAUGCUAAACUUAAAGAAGAAGGAAAACUUCCUGACGUGUGCUAUACAACUAAGAAAUACAUUGAAGACAUUCCUAACAAGAAAUGGCCAGAUUUUAAUGAAGAAGAUCUUCUCGAUUCUCAAGCUUCUGAUGAUCUCGAGCCUAUCUAUCUCGCUCGUUUUAAUGAAGAAGACAAGAAAGCUUCUGAAGAAGAGAAUAAGGAUGAUGGAUUUGUACAAUCAAAUGAAACUGAUAUUUUCGAAAAGAAGAGUUCAGAUAUUAAAGAUUCAAUCUAUUUUAGAAUUGGAAAGCCUUUGAAGAAUAAGUCAGCUCUCCCUAUAUUUGAACUGGAAGAAUACUUCGGCAAAGAGGAAGAUCCUAUCUUCAAGAUCAAUAUCACUCCUGAUUAUGGGUAUGAGAAGAAUGACAAAAUGAUACAAUUGAAUGCAAACACUAACAAAGAGGAAAAGAAAAGCUACGAAAGACUUGCUUUGGGUUUCAAAGAAUUUUCUCCAAAGCUAGAUAAGAAGAUAAUGCAGAGUAUUGAUGCAUACCUUGUAAAGAAUAAUAUGGAGUUCACAGACACGACUGAAAAAGACAUUAAGUUUGAAGAGCUGAUAUUUGAAAAUCAAGAACUUAAGGACAAAGAAUGAGUAGAAGAAAGAGUCAAAGGAAUUCUAAGAUUCAAUAAGACUGUUUUAAGAGCACUAAAGUUCUAUAUUUCAGAGGAGGCUUCUUUAGGCAAUCUCAGUACUCACAAUUUGCAUUAUGGAAGUGUCUUUAGUGCGAUCAUUGCUUCGGCUAGGAAUCUUACUCUUGAUGCUGUAAAAUAUUCAUACAUUACGAUGAUUAGAAGUUCUCUAAGAAGACAGAGUGGUGGUCCUACUGUCGAAUUUAACAGAAUUGAUGUACAAAACAAGAAGGAUCAAGGCCUAGUUGAUGAGAGAGGCAGAUGGACAAUCUUCUCCACUACCAUGAAGAAAUGAAGAGAAAAUGGCUACAGGUGUAUGAGAGUUAGAGAUUCAGAGUCCAAAGCAUGGACUGCUAGAUUCGUUGGUGAAGGAAGUGUUGAUCAAGGAGGACCAUAUAGAGAAACUAUUAGUAAUAUCACUGAUGAACUACAAAGCCAAUACUUACCGUUGCUGAUUCCUACCCAGAAUAACAAAAAUGAUCAUGGAUUUGGAAGAGAUCUUUGGACUGUUAACCCACAGUCUAAUACUAAAACUCAUAUGAGGAUGUAUAAGUUCUUUGGAGCUCUGCUCGGAAUGGCUUUCAGAGCAGGCCAAGUUAUGGAUAUUAAGCUUCCUUCAAUUUUCUGGAAGAAAUUCACAGGUGAAGAAAUUACACUUGAAGAUCUUGAGUAUUCAGAUGCAUAUUUAGUUCAGGUGAUCAAAGAAGUUGAAGGUAUGAAAGAAACUGCAACUAAAGAAGAAUUUGAAGAAAUGAUGGAGCUCACUUGGACAACCCAACUAUCCAAUGGAGAUACCAUUCCAUUAUGUUCUAAUGGAGAAGACAAAAAAGUGUUGUAUGAGGAAGUAGAUGAGUAUCAUAAACAAGUAAUAAAAGCAAGAAUUGAUGAAUUUAAUGAGCAAUUUGAGUCAAUCAGAGAAGGCUUUGACAUUAUUUUUCCAACAUCCCAUCUAAGAAUUCUUAACUGGAGAUUUAUUGAACAAAAAGUUACAGGGCCAACAAUAAUCUCAACAGAUGAUUUGAAGUCUAUAACUUAUUACUCAGAUUGCAACUCUGAAAAUGAGUUUGUGGAGAGAUUCUGGAGGGUCUUCGAUGAAUUUACAAACCAAGAAAAAUCAAUGUUUUUGAAGUUCACAUGGGGAAGAGCAAGACUUCCUCCACCUGAGAGACUCAAUGAUAGAAAAUUCAAGCUUAUGUUAAUCUCAGAAGGAAGAUCUAGAGAUCAUGAUACUCGUUUACCUGAGGCACAUACCUGCUUCUUCCAGUUUGAUCUCCCAAGAUAUUCAAAAGAUGAAAUUUGCAAAGAGAGAAUUUUAUAUGCUAUCCAAGCAUGUGGAGGCAUUGAUACUGACGGUGCUGUCAACCAAGCUAGAAAUACUGACAAUAGAGACUACUCUGAUUCAGAUUACUCGGGUAGUGAUGAUGGUUCUGAUGGUUCUGAUGAAGAAAACAGUGACUAUUCUGAUUCUUCAUAUUAAGCAUUUUCAUCAUGGAUCCAAUGCAUAAUCAAAAGCAUUAAAAGGAUUUUGUUAAUCCUAAUUACUACUUACAAACAUUC